GGCUCUUCGUCAACACAAUGCGUUAUCUAUCUUCACUUGCACUUCAAAUUUUUCAUUUCUUCGUCUGCUUAAUGUGAAAAAGUAUGCAAUUUUCGUAUCUCAGAAUCUGUGUCAAGUCUAGGUAAAAUUUUCUACGUACCUGUCAGUAUGUAAAGUAUCAAAGUGCUGGUUUGUUGUGUUUACCCUGAUAACCAAGUAUCAUCUCCAAGAGCCUAUCUCUGUGAUGGUUGCCUGCCCAGUGCCCACGGCUUUAAAACUUUCAUCUCUCCAUAGUAAUUUAUGUUGAAGGCAACAAUUGCUUGAAACACAAUGGAGCUGCAAGAUCAUGGGUAUUCUUCACCCUCAGUUUCAACCGUGAAGGAAAAUAGUCCGGUGAAGAUUGAACCGCCUGACUUUUCUCACCUCUGUCGGAUUUGUGCUAACCGGAAUGAAUACCUCAUCCCAAUCUUUGAAGGAGAGGGGAUUCAAUUGGAUCUCAAACUGAGAGUAGAAAAAUAUCUUCCAUUGACAAUUGACCCAUCUGAUGAACUGCCAUCCAGUAUGUGCUAUCAAUGUGCAUCGUCCAUCACGUCAUGGCAUGAUUUAUUUGAGAGCUGCAUCACAGCUGAAAAACAGUUAAAGGAUAUGAAGGAAGGCCGAAGUAAUGAGAAAGUCACACCGGAAAGUUGCGAAAGGAAAGAAGAGAACGACUGUGAUUCCACUAGCCCUAACAUAAAAGGUUCGAUUCUCCAGACGUUACUUGAAGAACAAACAAAUUCUCCAGACUUUUCACCACCGGCGUCGCCAUCAAUGGACGAUGUUGAAGAAGUCCCCUCAAACAAUAUGAAUUCUACCGAGGCAAGCAGUAAAGAAGUCACAUCAGAAAAGUUGCUACAAUUGUUGAGCAAAGGCGAUGGCUCCAGCACCAAUCAAAAUUCCUUAUUCCUCAUUAUCGAUAAGGCCAGACCGCAGUUGAAAAGGCCAAAAGUAGUAAUUAAAAAUCCUAAGAAAGCACCGCUUAAAAUUCUGCCGAAGAAAGGAGGAGAAACAAAAAUCGUUCCGAAACAAGUGAAAAUCGCGCCAAUUCCAAACCAGAUCCCGAUGUCACAACUAAAUCCGAAAAUUCGUAUUGUGCCGCUGAACAUAGCUUCCACGCAACAAACUGUGCCGCUGAAAAUAGUUCCUACCCAACAAAGUAUGCAGCUGAAAAUUGUUUCUCCCCUACCGCAGAAACUACCCCCUCUGGUGCCCAUAUCCUCCGAUACCAGCCAAACAUUUGAAAUGGUCGAAGCCACUCCCCCAACAACUUCAGAAUUGCCGGAGAAACCCUACUUCGAUCUGGGCAAUGGAGAAUGGGUCUGCUCGCUCUGCUACUUCUUCACGCCCGACAAAGAUCAACUCUUCGACCAUCAGGCCCGCGAGCAUUAUGAUUUACUCAAGGACAAUAGUGGAUUUUUGCAGGAGGUAUCGAAAUCUUGGUUCUGCGUUCCGUGCAGUCUCCAAUUCACCUGUAACGAGGGGCAUCGCUCCCAUCUGAAACGCAUGCAUCCGACCGCCCUCCAGGAUCAAGAUAACAGGUAUCAGAAACUUGCCGCGAAGUACCUUUGCGACCUUUGCGAGAAAGUAUUCUACGACAAGACCACUUUCCGUCAACACAAUAAAAUCCACCACCUUUUCGCCAAGCGGACUGUGCUAGACUGCCUGCAGAAACGCUCCUGUCUAUGCGAACUCUGCGGCAUCAUCUGCGAGUCCCCCGAUUCUCUCAGGGACCAUCUUAAAGACAACCAUCCGGACAAGAUCGUCUUCGUUUCGAAAAGGAAAGCAGUAGUCAAAAAGUACGUUUGCACAGUCUGUUGGAUCGAGCAGGGCUCCCUGGAAAAGAUAUGCGAGCAUCUCAAGGCAGAGCACGGUGUGAAGAAAGAAAACUUUUCGAGUUUUCACAGGCUGCUAUGUCAGUCGUGCUCCGAGUCGUUCGAUACUGAAAUCCAACUGGCGGAACACUACAAGAGUAACCAUCUCACGAGGCGGUACAAAAAAUUAGCGAUCAAAACGGAAAGUAGCCUCAAAAGGGUCAACGCGGACCAGAGCCUGAUGUGCGAUCUAUGCGGCAAAGUCUUUUCGACGCGCGGCAACAUGUUGGGUCACAGAGAGCGGCAUGUCCUCCCGGAGCACUGGGCCAAACACCAAGACAAGCUCGUGGAGUGUCGUGUCGUGAUCAACGGUGAGACCAAUUGGCAGUGCCCCUCGUGCCCGAGGGUCCACGAGAAAGAAGAGGAGUUCAUCCGUCAUUUAGUGCUCCACGACCAGCCCAAGAGUUUCGUCUGCCACGAGUGUGGGUUCCAGACCACUCGCGACCCGCUUCUUCGUCGCCACAUCAGAGUGGUUCAUAUGAAGGCUCGCGAUCACAAGUGUGACUUCUGCGGCCUGGCUUUUGGGUCGAGGCGUACCCUUUCAGAUCAUCGACGUCGACAUACAGGUGAAAGACCGUGGGUUUGCAAGGUAUGCUCCAAAACUUUUCCGAACGCGACCUGUCUGUACAAGCAUAAGCAGUCGCACACGGACUACUUUCCCUUCUCGUGUGAUUGGCCCGGUUGUGAUGCCAAAGCCCGGACGAGAGGGAGGCUUGAGACUCACAUGGGGAUCCACACGGGAGCCAAACCGUAUCCUUGCUCCAUUUGUCCGAAAGCCUUCAGGAGAAGUGGGGACCUGAAGAAGCACGAAACUGUGCACACUAAUUUAAGGCCGUGCGUCUGUGAUCUGUGCGGUCGUGCUUACAAGCACAAGAAGUAUCUGUCGUACCAUAAGAGAUCCGCUCAUCCUAAUUACGAACCGGACCAUGACUCGCUGAAAACAAGCUAGUCAAAGCAGGUGUCUGUCAUGACACAAUAUCUCUUUAUUUAGCUUAUCUUACAAAUAUUUCAAGGUUUGUCGCCCAAAGGCAGACUAUUUUAUUGGAUUUCUCGUGUAUUCUACAAGAAUGGAGGGUAUUUUCUUUUUAAUACACAAAAUUCAAAUUCUUCGGCCAAUGUAAAAAACCUCCCUCUCACCGGUUUGAUAGUAGAGAAAUCCCUGGUGUGUCCUCUAAAAGAAGUUCUGUUGGUACUUUAAAGUAUUUUAAUCCUGUGAAGUAAAUUUAUUUUCUUUUUAAAGUUGUUAUGAGGACUACCCUUUGUUCCCGAAUCCUUCAUUUGGUUUUUGAAAAUUCCCUCGAUGGCAUUUACGAGUGCAUUCUUUUAGAGCCAUACACAUUUCUGACCAUUCAGCAGAAAAUUUUGCCAGCAGCAAGAUCCCAUUCUUUGUAGACACCUUGUUUGAAGCAGCAUCCUUUCUCUUUAAGGUGCUUUAAACAAACAUCUAUAAAUCGAAAAAUUUUUGCUAAAAUACGAUUUUUUGCCUCUCUCUCAUCUCACUUUUUGUAAAAACAGAGAUGCAACAGUGUAGAGGCAUACUUCAGCAGUAUAUUGGUGAAAAAUCUCUAUUCCGAAAACCCUUAGUUAAAGUCAAGUAAAAGUAAACGUGAAAUUUCGCAUUUGACUAGUCAAAUCGAACUGGAAUUUUCACGUCAAGUCUCAUUUGACUUUAAUUUAGGGUUUUUGGAAGAGAUUCUUCGCCAAUAGACUGCUAAAAUAUGCUUCUACACUGAUGCAUCUCUGUUUUUACAAAGAGUGAAAAGUAAAAUAAUUCGUGUUUUAGCCAAAUUUGUUCGACGUAUCGAUGUUUGUUUAUUUCCUGGGAGGAAUCACUUGAAAGCCUGACUAUUAGUUGCGUUUGAAAGCAAUGAACUCAGAGCUCUGCUCCAGUCUAACUGUAUUACAGGAGGAAGGUUUUCAGAAUCAACAUGCGAAAAGCGCACUAUUAAAUACUGAAUGAUAUCUCAGUGCUUCUGUUACUACACCUAAGGAUGCUACUUACUUAAUUUGUGAGAAUUCAAUAUUUCUAAGCUAAGUCCGCAGGAUGGUACCUACCUUUACGCUUUACCUUUAAGCCUAGCCUUAAGGUAUGCCUUACCUUUAAGUCAGUGGAUCUCUGCGGAAUCUUACAUUUCCUCAAUCUUUAAACAUUAUGAUUUAAUUUCUUUCGUUUUUUGGGUUUUUUUUUUAGUUCUAAGAUAGCUGUAUUUUUCUCACCAUUAAUUUUAAUAAACACAUUUUGUUUCAUUUGUA